AUGGCUCGUUUUUUCUUUUGCAAAUUGCUUAUAUACUUGUCAUCUGAUAAUGAGUUGGAUGUUGUUCUUAAUGUCGAGGUUAAUGGAGAGUCAUCGAGACAUCGUGGCAAUCGCCAACAUCGUAAGUUUAUUCGGCGUGAUCAUAUUCAAUGGCACGAGUGCCUUUUUCACGACUAUUUCAUAGAAAAUCCAAUAUAUCAUUCUAAUCUAUUUCGAAUGAGAUUUCGAAUGAGCCGUCCCUUAUUUCUCUGUAUUCUAAAGGAGCUAGAGGCUUAUGAGCCAUACUUCGUCAAGAGAAGAGAUAAUGCCGGAAGACUCAGUUUAUCUUCUAUGCAAAAGAUAACCGUAACACUUAAAAUGCUGUCGUAUGGGGUUACUAAAGAUUUUAUAGAUGAAUACAUACAUAUUGGAGAAAGCACCACAAUGGAGAGCCUCAAAAUAUUCUGCAAGACAAUCGUAACUGUUUUUUCAGAUGAAUAUUUGUGGUCUCCAAAUGUCAAUGAUAUUGCUCGAUUGCUUGCGAUUGGUGAACAAUGCGAAUUCUCAAGAAUACUGGGAAACAUUGAUUAUAUGCAUCGGAAGUAA